AAUACACUGAGACCGAAGCGCCGUUGUCUUUUGACAUUUAGAAUUUUUCGAGGCGCAAUUUCGCCUCGCAUGGCGCGCCUCUGAGCUCUAUGUCGUUACGGCGUUCUGUCGAUGGCCUUGUGAUUGUUAUUUGUCGUUUCAUCCUCUUUCGUUAUAUCAAACACGGGCAAUUUAGUCAAAGGUUACCACAGAGACUGAUCAUAGUAUAAACCAUCCUAUAUUAGGGCACUCGCGGUCACACCACUUUGAAUUAAUUCUACAGCAACAAUCGAUCGCUUAAUCAACAUGAUUGCUCUUUCCUCGCCUCGAGGUGAUGAUAAGUAGAAUGCAGGCUCAGGGAGCCACAAAGGGCACGAGCGCGCACGGGAACGGAAGUGAGCGGCUGAGUGCUGUAGCACGAGGGUUGGAUACUUCUCGUAAACUCUGAAUUCUACAGAUCUGCAACCUUGGUAUCGAAGGUCAUAAGGCUGCCACGAGUAGCAUCUGUACUUCCUGCUGGAAUCAAUAUUUUCAAUUCAGUUCCGACGUUGAGUUCGACGGUAUCGAAUAUUUUUGGUGUCUGUGGCAGCCUUUCCUUUGAGUCGCAGUCCGGGUUAGAAUCGUAGUUUCAAAAUGGUGGUCUCUAGGGAGGUUUUUGGCCAAACAGAAUCAGGAGAGGAUGUUUGGAAAUACACUAUCAGAAACAAACACGGACUGGAACUGGAAGUGAUCUCGUUCGGAGCGACUUUCGUAGCAUUAAGAUGCCCUGAUAGGAAUGGAAAAAUGGAUGAUGUCAUUAUGGGCUAUGAUAAGUUGGAGGACUAUCUGAGUAACCCUCAUUACCUCGGAGCUACAGUUGGAAGAGUUGCAAACAGGAUUGCAAAUGCAAAGUUCACCCUUGAUAACAAAGAAUACAAUUUAGCCGUCAAUAAUCCUCCAAAUACUCUACAUGGAGGAUGGGUUGGAUUCAACAAGCAUAAUUGGAAAAGUGAAGUAAAAGGAGAAAACAAAGUGAAGUUUGUUCACCAAAGUCCAGAUGGGGAUGAAAAUUUUCCUGGAGAUGUAACAGUAAGACUCACAUUCACACUUACUGAUCACAAUGAAGUUAAACUCAACUACAAAGCAACAACCAAGGCUCCCACCAUCAUCAAUCUCACCAGCCAUGGCUACUUUAACUUGGCUGGUCAGAUUGACCAUGAUGUUUUGGAUCACAUAGCUCAGAUCCAUGCUAAACACUAUCUGCCCCUAAAUGAUGUGCAGAUUCCCACAGGUGAGGAAUGCUCUGUGUCAAGCCCAAAUGAUGCCUUUGACUUCACCAAACCCAAACCUAUUGGAAAGGACAUUCAUAAAAUAGAUGGCUAUGAUCACAACUACUGUUUAAAAGGAAAAAAAGAAUGCUGCGCUGAAGUGUAUCAUCCAAGCAGUGGGCGUGUUCUUAAAAUGUUCACCGAUCAGCCUGGAGUUCAAUUUUACACUGCCAAUGGAUUUGAUGGAUUCUCUGGCAAGGGAGGUGUUCUUUACCAUAAGUUUGGUGCCUUCUGCCUAGAGGCGCAGAAUUACCCUGACGCUGUUAACCAAUCUAACUUCCCAAGUCCAGUUCUUCGGCCAGGGGAAACUUACAAACAGAAAACCAUCUACAAAUUUGAUGUCAAAGACAAGCAGUGAGCCCUGUCAUAAUUAGAUUAACAAUUCACUAUUAAUAUCUAGAGUAGGGUAUUGAAAUAAUUGGCAAAAGCUUUAGGAAGCUAAGGGAUAGGCUCAAAUUAGAAUGGACCUUAACUCUAAGAGGUGAAGUUCAUAAAUUUGUUAUUUCCUCUUCAAGAGGUCCUUGGUUAUUCAUCAGUGUAUUAUGGGUCAGUCAAUUUGAAGCCAAACCCCUCCCCCUUCCAGGCAAGGUCAAAUUCCCAACCCUUCAGGCACAGAUGAGGGUCAAAUACCCAUGGGUUGCCAGGGUAAGGGGGGAUGUUGAAGCUUGAAAUUGAUUGGCCUAUUAUUGUGGUAGUGCAGAAUGGAAGUCAAAAUUUAAAAUCACAAGUGCUUUUUUCCAAAUCAGAGUAAUAUACUUAAUAGAUAAACUGAGGUAUUUACAAGUGCUAAGUCCAUAGUGUGUGUAAAGAGUUAUUGUGGGUAGCAAAAACACAAUUCAGAUGCAGACGUAUUAAAUACUCAUCUACAAUGUUGUUAAACAAAAAAUUUUUAUUCAAUAAAAAUACAACAAUG